AUGAUCCUCCUCCUCUGCGUCGCGUUCCCGCCGAUAGACCUCGGCGAAGACGUCCAGAUGAACCUGAGCGGGAACUCGUUCUUCGACCCGCUGAUCGGCCUCGCGCUCAUCGCGCUCGCCGGGCUGCUGCUGACCCGAGGCGUGCGCGACUUGGGGAACUCGCUCACGCCGUUCCCGAAGCCGCGCGGGGAUAACGUCUUGAAAACCAAAGGCGCCUACGCGGCGACGCGGCAUCCGAUGUACAGCGGCCUCGUCUUCGGGUCCUUCGGUCUGGCGCUCGCGACCGGGUCGCCGGUGCGGACGUUCUUCGCGGCCGUCUUGACGUUUCUGCUGAACGAAAAGGCUGCCACGGAGGAGUUGUUCCUCGAGGAGAUGCACGGGAAGGAGGCGCGUCCCACACACCGGUCCCUUCACGACCGCGUCGGCGCGGUGAACGCCGAUCCUUACUAA